AAGUUUACAAAAUACAUUCAAAGCCCAAAUAGAAUUCAGACGACGAUUUUGAUUCUGUAAACUAAAAUUUGCUUUGGUAUCUUCUUCUUCUUCUUCUAUCUGAAUCACAUCGCCGUCCUUAGCCUUAGGGUUGUUAUCGGAGGAGCUCAACAAUGGCGUCUCUGGCCAAGUUUCACUACUGUGAUCAAACCCUCCGCCUCCGACUCGACAGUCACCGUAAACCCCAGCCUAAACCUGUUUCAUACCGAAUCUUUAAAAAACCUCUUCCGUCUCGCGCCAUCAGAGCUUCGUCUUCAUCAUCCUCAAACCCUAAACCCUCUUUCCUCAAAACCACAUGCGUAACGCUAACAACAGCCGCCGCUUUGUUCUCCGCUUCCCUACACCUCGCCACCAAACCCGCCACCGCUGCAACUCUCGUCUCACCUCCGCCACCAUCCACGACGGCGGAUCUCGCUUCCGAUAAAUCCAGCGGAACUGAUCAAAUCUCGUCGAGUCAAAAAGAAGAAAAAGACGAAGCAGCGCUGGAGAAGCAUCUCGCUGAGAAUCCAAACGACGUUAAAGCUCUUCAAUCUCUGAUGAAAAUCAAAUUCCAAACCAAAAAUCUGGAACACGCCUUGGAGAUUCUAAACCGUUUGAUCGAAAUCGAACCAGAAGAACAGGAAUGGCGGAUCUUUAAAGCUCAGGUACAAACCUACGGCGGCGAUUUCGACUCAGCGACUAAAGGAUUCGAAGAGGUUCUCUCGAAAGAUCCGUUUCGCGUGGAAGCUUACCACGGGCUAGUAAUGGCUUACUCGGAGUCCGAAUCCAAGCUAUCAGAGGUCGAGAGCAGAAUCAACGAGGCGAUUGAGAAAUGCAAGAAGGAGAACAAGAAGAAAGAUUUUAGAGAUUUCAUGUUGUUGAUUGCACAGAUUAGGGUUAUAAAAGGGAAUCCGACUGAAGCACUUAGGGUUUAUCAAGAACUGGUGAAAGAUGAGCCUAGAGAUUUUAGACCAUAUCUAUGUCAAGGUUUGAUUUAUACAUUGAUGAAGAAGAAAGAUGAAGCAGCCAAGCAAUUUGAAGAGUUUAGGAGAUUGGUUCCUGAUGAUCAUCCUUAUAAAGACUAUUUUGAUGCUAAUGUGCUCAAUACGCACAAGCUUUGAGCUUUUAUCCCAAGCUUCUGCUUAGAAAUGUUGGCUUUGUGUUGUAUUUGGACUUUUGUCUCUGGAGUAGUCUUUGAUGAUUCUUAUGAAUACAAGCUAUCUAAACAA